AAUAAAUGUAAUUUCCAGAUAUUAUAUAAUGCGAUAGAACGAUAAUCUAUUUGGUACUUUAAUAAUAACAGAUAUCAAUUUAUUUAUAAAGUGAUCUGAAUGAGUCAUUUAGAGUUUCGUAUUGUUUUCCUCAAAUUUAAUUAGCAAUAAUAUAUUUAUCGAUAAGAAUUUCUAUGAAUUUCAGUUUUGAGUUGUUUUUCAUGAGUCAGCUGUGAUAAUAGAAAUCUUAUCAUCUAUCUCUCUACUGUAUAAAUACUAUAUCUUGCAGAUGUCAACAUUAUAUUCAUAUCGCCUUCUGAAGGAGUAGCAGUAAUUUCUUACUUGGAAAUUUCACAACACAAUUAAAACGAUGAAGAGUCUGAUCCUUGUUGCGGUGCUCGCCGCCCUCGCUGUCUGCAAUGACGCAGCCGCUCUUCAAGAGCCUGCCUUCAGAGCUAACCUUUACCAGGGAGCCAUCAGACCCGGAGACAGACUGCUCCACAGCAACUACUACUACAAGAGCCCCAUUGCUAACGCUGUACAGUACCAGGACAUCACCUACCGCGGUAACUCUAGCACCAGGAUCUCCUACAUCCAAGUCACCGAGGUCGGCUACACCCAGUGGGGUAUCCCAUCCCUCAGGGCUGGUGGUGUUAACUUCAACCACGCUACCAUCAGGCUGACUUCUCAAAGAGGCUACGGUUACUACUACCGUGUUGAGAUCUGGGGUCGUUAAGAAAUUUAAGA